AUGAAUAAUAUAGGAGCAGGCACAACUGCGUCACCAAAAAAUAUUGCUACUAAAGUGUCCAGUGAAUUAAAUGAGAUCUACUCACCAAAAAUGUCAAACUUAAUAAGAAGCAAUGCUCCAUGUAGACUAACAAGCAACCGAGUAAUGAUCCCUUCAAAGUCAACAUAUAGAGUUAUACUUCCUGUCCGCGAUAUUGGGGACCUGUCCGUAAUCACGUACGAACACGAAAUUUAUUUGGGUAAUGGUGGAUCACUUAGAUUCUUUUUACUAGGAAAACAAGUUAGACACCGUUUUAUUAAUGUCCCUUUAGAUGAGGAAAAUCCAAUACCUUCUUAUAUCGAUUCAGAUAAAGUCCCGUUGGGUGAUCUUCCUAUUGUAAAAUUAGGGGAUCUCGUUAUUUUUGAUGAGAUUCCUUGUCUAAGAUAUCUAGCAAAGAAGCUCGGAGAAUAUGGUAGAAAUUAUUAUAUUGACUUUGUAAUUGAUGAUGUAAUAUUUCGUUGUUCUAAGUGGAGAGAUGUUUUAAUGGAUUUAAUUUCAAGAAAUUAUUCAGAGCUUUCAAAUGGUAAUAUUAAUACAAACAAAGAAUUAGAAAGUUCUAUUUCUAACUACAAACUGCUUAGAGAACAACUUUAUUGCGAAUUUGAAACUUUAAUUGCAUCAAUUGGUGACAAGGGCCCUUUUAUUGCAGAAAAAAACAAACCAAUGAUUUGCGAUUUCAUUUUAUUUUCAAUUUUAUUUGAUGAUAUAUCUUUGAUUGAAUUUAGUGAAACCGAGAAGUUUAAUAGAGUUACAUUACUGCCAGAAAGAUCGAUUAUUCACAAAUUUCCGAGAUUAAAGAUGCUUUUUGAAUCAGUAGCAAUUCUACCAUUAAUAGACCAAUGGAUUAAAGGUAAAUACUUUGCUAUUCAAAUAGAAGGUGAAAGUAGUGAACUAGUGACUCCACCUACUUCUUUAACUACUCAAGAUCACGGUACAAAUUUUGUUGUAGGAACUAACUCCUUUAUUGGGUGUCCAAAUUCGUUUGGAUACCAGCCACCGGUCUUUCAGCAGCUUCCAAAUCAACUUUUUGCUCAUGUAAACGCAGGAAUACGAUUUUUCCCACAAAAUAUGGCAAUGCCAAUCAACCAACCCAUUUUUUCUCCAAAUAAUAGUUUUGUUUCUCAGCCUAUUACGAACUAUUAUCCUUUUUUGAAUAACCAAAUUCAAAAUCACGGAUAUUUAGGAGGGGUUUCGUCCCCUUUUGUCCAGAGAAUUAGUCCUUCUCAAAGUUUUAAGCUAAAGUUUUAA